AAUAAACUGAAGUCAGUCUCAGUGCCACAUAGUCGCUAGCUGUUCUACGACUGGAUCUGGUGAUGGCUAAUGAUCCAUUAACAGAAGCUGGCCUUCAUUUUGAUGAACUAAAUAAGUUAAGAAUACUUGAUCCAGAUGUUGGCCAGAAGACCACAGAGCUCAAGGAGGAAUGCAAAGACUUUGUUGACAAAAUCGGUGAGUUCCAGAAGAUAGUGGGUGGGCUAAUUGAUAUGGUAGAUGAACUGGCCAAGGAGGCAGAAAAAGAAAAAAUGAAGGCCAUAGGUGCGAGAAAUCUGCUAAAAUCGGUUGCAAAACAGCGAGAGGCCCAGCAGCAACAACUUCAGGCUCUGAUUGCAGAGAAGAGGAUGCAGCUGGAAAGGUAUCGCAUUGAAUAUGAAGCUCUAUCCAAAGUGGAAGCAGAACAGAAUGAAUUUAUUGAUCAGUUUAUACUGCACAAAUGACCGGCGUUUUAUCAACAUUCUGUCGAGUGAAAUGAAAUUAUGAUGCUGUGCAUCUCGUGACCUCCUAAUAAGAACUGGGAUUCUGACUGGUCAUUUGGUUAACUGUUUUGAAAUUAACAUGAGUUCUUUUCAGUCUUUAUGAACUGCUGUUUGUUUGAGCAGAGUGCUUUAUCAUGACCAGUUCCUGGCAUUAAAAUGUAACAUAUCUGUUUUACAAUGUCAUUAAAUGAAUAUUUAUAUGACAAUGAAGAUAUUUAUAAUAUUUAUAUACAAUGAUUCUGUAAAUUUGACUUAAUACCUCUUUUGCUACCAGGUAAGAAAUACAGUAUCUGCAUGCUACUGUAAAUAAUGAAACAAUACAAAGAAAAGUGUUUUGCUUUUUAUAUUUUUUGUUAUCAAUCUUUUCAUUUCAGAACACUAUGUAUGUCCUAUGGGACCACAAAUAAAAGUAGAUUAAAGUUCAA